AUGGGGGUUGCACGUUUGAUGGAAGAGGCGAUGCGAAUGCAGCCGAAGAUUGGAUACAAGACAUUGAAGAAAUAUUUAGUGUUGAGUGCACCGAUCAGCAAAAAGUCCGAAUUAGUGCACAAGGCGUUGCUAGUUGAGCAGAAUCUCAAGAGGGGUGCUGAAUUGCAAGAACAGAGGAAGAGAGCUGCUCCACAAGGAUUCCCUAGUUCGGAUCAAGGAAAGGAAGUGGGAUCAUGUUUCAAAUGCGGUAAGGAUGGGCACUUCAUUAGAGAAUGUCCAUUGCUUACGGAGAACAACAGAAGGCCCAACCCACCUCAAAACUUUAGGCCGAAUAACCAAGGCAACAAUCAGCAGAGGACUGUACCGGCACGAGUGUUUGCUUUGACACCGGGAGAAGCUGAGAACAAGGAUGAUGUCAUAACAAGAAUUAUUCUCUUAUUUCUCAAUAAGACUACUAUUUUAUUUGACUCGGGGGCUACCCACUCCUUUAUUUCAAUGGAUUAUGUUAAGUUGUGCCCCAUUGAUGCUGAUGAGAUGGACUACAAUUUGAGGGUCUCAACCCCAACUGGUGAUAUAGUGACUUGUGACAAGAUUAUACUCAAGUGUCCAAUAACUAUUAGCGGGAAGGAAAUGCUAGCUAACCUGUUAGUCUUUCCUAUGAUUGGGUUUGAUGUUGACAAGUUAUUACGUGAUGGGUGUCAAGGGUAUUUGGCUUUUGUGGUGGAUGAACCAAAGGAAGAAUUGAAAGUAGAAGAGAUUCCUAUUGUGAGAGAAUAUCUAGAAGUUUUUACUGAAGAUUUGUCUGGAUUACCGCCUGAGUGGGAGGUAGAGUUUGCUAUUGAAUUAGCCCUAGGCAUGGCGCCUCUUUCCAAAGCCCCUUAUCAAAUGGCGCCAUCAGAGUUAGCCGAGCUCAAAGAACAGUUGCAAGACUUAUUAGAUAAAGACUACAAGGAACUGAAUCGAGUGACCAUAAAGAAUAAAUAUCAGCUACCCCGCAUCGAUAAUUUAUUUGAUCAAUUGCAAGGUGCGCAAGUAUUCUCUAAGAUUGAUCUCAGAUCGGGUUAUCAUCAAUUAAAGAUCAAGGCGGAGGAUGUGCCUAAGACAGCUUUCAGGACCAGUGGUGUUUAUUGA